UGUGGAAGCUGGCGGGGACUCAAACCCUCCGCAUUCUCAGCAGUGGAGGAGCCGAGGACGGUGGCGCGCGGAGACCGGAGGAAACUUGGACUGGAUCAAGAAGGACUUUUUAUUCCUAAUUCUUUAAAAAAAAAAAAAAAAAAAAAAAAUCGUCUGGGGGACCGUGUAGCUGUCUGACUACACGGGUCGGGCUUGAGAGCUGAAUGUGGAGCACACACACGGAGGGAGAGCGUGAGAGAGACCCGGAGAGAGCCGCGGAGAGGAGACGAGUCCGCACGCCGGAGAGCAGAGCGCGUCUCCGGGCAGCGGCUGUGCGUCUUUACGCGGACUGACGUGGAUCGAUCCGCGCUGCUGUAUUUUCUGGCUCCGGUGGGAUUUCAAACUGUGCCCAAGUUGACUUACGUUUUUCUGAAGCUCUGAGGGAAAUUUUAGAGUGAUUUCUUAAAGACCGGAGUGGGAGGAAGCCCCAUCGGAUCGCGCACACUCCGCUCCACGCAUGCUGGAGGUGGAGAGAGGAGGGCUGGAUGCCUGCGGGUCCGCGAGUCCUCAGCACAGCCGUGGAUUACAUCCUGCCCGGGCAUCGUCUGACGGAGUAACGGACGGAAAGUAAAGCUUGGGCUGGAAGUGGUGUUUUUUUGUUCUUCUUCUUCUUCGCAAAUUUGGCGUCUUCUUGUUGCGUUUUGGAGAGGAUAUGGCACGGAGGGCGCCGGGGAGAGGAGAGCAACCGGCGCAGGCGAGAGGAAACAGGAGCUGAAUGACAGGAUGCCAGCGACCUGAGCCCCGCUCCAGAUCACUCCCAACGCCGCCCCGAACAGAAGAGACACCUCUGCUCAAGGAGAGAAAGAGAAAAAGAAUACACAUCUCGUCUUUCGGAGGAGUCUACUGCUGGAGUUUUUGGUUUGUUUGUUUUUUGUUUUUGUUUUUUUUGAAUGCGUAAUUUUAUUUUUUCUGGCGAUAAAACAAGGAUGCAUUGUGGAUUAGUCUUUAUCCUGUUCACGGGAAUCCUCUUGGUGGUCAAGGCUUUCAAAAACGAUAAAUGUGGAGGCAACAUCCGAAUCUCAACCGCCAACUACCUCACGUCGCCCGGGUACCCCAUGUCCUACACGUCCUCCCAGAGGUGCGUGUGGGUCAUCUCGGCUCCGGGUCCUCACCAGCGGAUCCUCAUCAACUUCAACCCGCACUUCGACCUGGAGGACCGCGAGUGCAAGUACGACUAUGUGGAGGUCCGGGACGGCGUGGACGAGAGCGGGCAGCUGGUGGGGAAGUACUGCGGGAAGAUCGCCCCGUCGCCGGUGGUCUCGUCUGGAAACCAGCUCUUCAUCAAGUUCGUGUCUGACUACGAGACCCACGGAGCCGGGUUCUCCAUCCGAUACGAGAUCUUCAAGACAGGCCCCGAAUGCUCCAGGAACUUCACCUCCAACAGCGGCGUCAUCAAGUCGCCCGGGUUCCCCGAGAAGUACCCCAACAACCUGGACUGCACCUUCAUGAUAUUCGCCCCCAAGAUGUCGGAGAUCAUCCUGGAGUUCGAGAGCUUCGAGCUGGAGCCGGACACGACGCCCCCCACGGGGGUGUUCUGCCGCUACGACCGGCUGGAGAUUUGGGAUGGAUUUCCUGGAGUCGGCCCGUACAUUGGGAGGUACUGUGGACAGAACACCCCCGGCAGGAUCAUCUCCUACACCGGCAUCCUGGCUCUGACAAUCAACACGGACAGCGCCAUCGCCAAGGAGGGCUUCUCCGCCAACUUCACCGUCAUCGAGAGGACCGUCCCGGAAGACUUUGACUGCAGCGACCCUCUGGGAAUGGAAUCGGGAGAGAUAACAUCAGACCAGAUCAUGGCUUCAUCCCAGUACAACCCCAGCUGGUCCCCGGAGCGCUCCAGACUCAACUACUACGAAAACGCCUGGACGCCGGCAGAGGACUCCAACAAGGAGUGGAUACAGGUGGAUCUCGGCUUUUUGCGGUUCGUCUCAGCCAUCGGCACGCAGGGGGCCAUUUCCCAAGAGACCAGGAAGAUCUACUUUGUCAAGUCCUACAAAGUGGAUGUCAGCUCCAACGGGGAGGACUGGAUCACUCUGAAAGAAGGCUCCAAACAGAAGGUUUUCCAAGGCAACACCAACCCGACGGACGUCACCAAGACCCUGCUGCCCAAACCCACCCUGACGCGCUUCGUCCGCAUCCGUCCCGUCACCUGGGAAACAGGCAUCGCGCUGCGAUUUGAAGUGUACGGCUGUAAGAUAUCAGAGUACCCGUGCUCGGGCAUGCUGGGAAUGGUGUCGGGCCUGAUCACCGACAACCAGAUCACGGCGUCGUCCCACACGGAUCGCAGCUGGGUGCCGGAGAACGCUCGGCUGCUGACCAGCAGGACGGGAUGGACGCUGCUGCCGCAGCCGCAGCCGUUCGCCAACGAGUGGCUGCAGGUGGACCUGGGCGAGGAGAAGCUGGUGAGGGGCCUGAUCAUCCAGGGAGGGAAGCACCGGGAGAACAAGGUCUUCAUGAAGAAGUUCCGGCUCGGCUUCAGCAGCAACGGCUCGGACUGGAGGAUGGUGCUGGACGCCAGUGGCAACAAGGCAAAGAUCUUUGAAGGCAACAGCAACUACGACACUCCUGAACUGAGGACUGUGGAGCCGCUGCUGACCCGGUUCUUCAGGAUUUACCCGGAGAGAGCUACGCCUGCUGGGAUGGGCCUGCGACUGGAGCUCCUGGGCUGUGAGAUCCAAGCCCCCACAGCCCCGCCCACCACGGCGGCCCCCAGCACCGGCCCGGCGGACGAGUGCGACGACGACCAGGCCAGCUGCCACAGCGGCACAGGUGAUGACUACGACGUGACAGGUGGAACUGUGAUGCCAGAAACCACCACUCCUGAAGUAGACACCAUCCCAGCCUUCCUGUGGUUCUCCUGUGACUUCGGCUGGGCCAACGACCCGUCCUUCUGCAGCUGGACGUCAGAGGACACCGGCUCCCGGUGGCAGAUCCAGUCCAGUGGCACGCCGACGCUCAACACCGGGCCCAACAUGGACCACACAGGCGGAUCGGGGAACUUCAUCUACACCUUGGCGACCGGCCCUCAGGAGACGGAGGUGGCUCGGCUGGUCAGUCCCAUGGUCAGCUCCCCGGACGCCGACCUGUGCGUGUCCUUCUGGUACCACAUGUUCGGCUCGCACAUCGGCACGCUGCACAUCAAACAGCGCAAGCAGACGGCGGACGGCCCGGCCGACAUCCUGCUGUGGACGGUGAGCGGCCACCAAGGCAACCGCUGGAGGGAAGGUCGCGUCCUCGUGCCGCGCAACAACCGGCCGUAUCAGGUGGUGAUCGAAGGCCUGGUGGAGAGAAAGAGCUGGGGAGACAUCGCUGUGGAUGACAUUAAGGUUCUCAAUGGACUCAGCAUGUCGGACUGUAAAGAUCCUGACGUGCCCACUGAGCCGAUGCUGCCGGAAGACGGCUUCAACGACAUCAUCGAGGAAAUCACCGAGUACCCGGACUUCGUGGAGACCAAUCAGAUCAGCGGGGCGGGCAACAUGCUGAAGACCCUGGACCCCAUCCUCAUCACCAUCAUCGCCAUGUCGGCCCUGGGCGUCUUCCUGGGCGCCAUCUGCGGCGUGGUCCUGUACUGCGCCUGCUCGCACGGCGGCAUGUCGGACAGGAACUUAUCCGCUCUGGAGAACUAUAACUUUGAGCUGGUGGACGGCGUCAAGCUAAAGAAAGACAAACUCAACGUGCAGAGCUCGUACUCGGAGGCGUGAGGACGCUGGGCGGGACUGCAGGACGGGCGGAGCUCGCAGGGACGGUCGGCACCUCUGGUGGUGCCAGGAGGCGGGCUCUGGCUCGCCAUCAGAAAAACAAACAAACCAACACCCCUCGACUCCAGUGGACGAGGGACAGGUUCAGGAACCAAUGGGAGGUUUGGACUGAUCCACGCUUUUUCUCAGGAGCUGCAGUAAAAAGAACCUACCAGUAGGGGACACUGUGUACAAAUAAACUACAGAAGAAGAAAAAAAUAUGUACAGAUGAUUUAGAUGAAAUUUUAAUUUUCUAUUUUGAUUUUCAUUCAUUUUUACAAUCGGAUGCUGGUGUUGAGACCAAUUUAUUAAUAAUGUUUAAAGUAUUUAUCGUUUCCUGGGAAAGAGUUUUUGGGUUUUUUUCUUUUUAAAUGAUCAGAAAUAUCAGUUCAUGAAGGCUGUUGUUUCUUUUCAAGUUUUGAAAGAGACGUAUCAGAAGUCCUCAAUGAACCAUAUCCGGCAAAAACUGUAGAUCUGCCCUGCGGCACGGCGUACAGAGUGUUCCCAUGAGACAUCUCCCACCCCACCCCACCCCCUCCACCCCCUCCACCCGCCCCUCACGAGGUCCCAUUCAUGGCAAUGUAUGGUUCUGACAGUGCCUUUAGUGCUUCUUUCUUUGGGUUGGCCUCCUCUCUGUUUUUUUUUAACUGUACUGGGCUCGUAAGUUAUGACGACAGGGAACAGGGCCGCUUCACCGCCGACGCUUUGCUUUCUGUUGUGUUCUGUCCCGAAAAAAGGAAAAACCACACACUGUAAAUAAGUUUUAAUAUAUUUUAUUGCCCUUUUUAAAGAAAGUAAAAAGGAAAAACAGCUGCAGUAUCCAUUUUUUCAUGGGUUUAUGUGUGUGUGAGUGGGUGUGUGUGUGUGUGUGUGUGUGUGUGUGUGUGUGUGUGUGUGUUCAGCUGAAGGUUUGUGCAUUCAAGCCGCCUGUCAUCACAGCUUCUUAGAAAACUGACGACUGAAUCAAACGGUAGCGCACAAAAGCAAAAGAUGAGUGUUAAGUCUCCGUUAGCUGAUCUGUGGUCGCGUCUCGUUUUGGGUUUGAUCGCUGAUAUCAGAGCUUCGAACAUGUCCAUCACAUCAAUUUCUACCAGCAUACCAAAAAGAAACCUAGCUGGCCCGCCGUUUAGCCCCUCCCCUCCCAGCGUCACUGUGGAUUGUUCACUCAAGAAGCGCUGAGCGGACAGCGCCGCUUGGAUGCACUUUGUUUCUGAUUUCUGCGGCGGCGGCCUCCAGGAGGGAGGCCACGCCUCCAAACUGAAGAAUGGUGCUAUUUGUAACGCUAGCCGGGCGCUCGCCGCGUGGCGGCGGCGUGUUUUUCUCAUGCUGUAGUGUAGCUUGGAGGCCCUCGACGGCCCGCAGAGACUCGCUCUCUCUCCUGGCGUUUCUGCGUGUUUCACGGUGUAGCAGCCAUAUUGCUGUGAUGUCAGAGCUGAUGUCAUGUGGGGGGGGGCGGAGUCAACGGGAUGGGGUCAUCCGGCCCAUCUCUCUGUGGCUUUACCAAAGGAGGGCUGCCCCUCCGGGCGGGCGGGGGUUAAGAACUGACCCCGUCAAAGGACAACGGCGUCCAGACGUGGAGGCGGCCAUUCUGUUUUCUAUCUGUUUUUAAAAAAAAAAGGAAAAAAAAGCUCAAACAUCACGAUGUGAACUCUUCGAUUGUCUCUUGGUCGCUGACGGACGAUGGGGACAGUCCAAAGGGGGACAGAGUGGACUAUCAGGACAGCGCCGGGACGCCCCCUGGUGGGACUUGAACAAUCAAAAAAAAAAAAAAAAAAAAAAACCUGGAGAGGUGUGAGGGUUUU